GAUGAGAACGGGAUCCAGAGAACAAAGAAAGCUUAGAAAGGAGAGCGAACGCGAACAGACAAGAGGCCUCCCUCUCCGAUGGCUCCUCCUCCAUCCUCUUCCUCCAAGAACUGGAAAUCCAUCGCCGCUCGCAUCUAUUUCCUCCUCAUCAUCCUCCAAAUCCCUCUUUUCAGAGUUCCUUGCAGGUCAGGGAUAUGCACAACACCAAUACAGGUCACAUCUUCACAAUUAGUUGCAAAUGAAAUAUUUCCCCCGGCAGUCGUGAAGGCUCUCCUCUACCCCGGAGCAAUUGCAAAUGGACUUUUCACUAACAUGACCAUUCCAAGAUGGAAUAAUCUGUUCAACAUGUACAACCUUACUGAAGCUAAAAACGCAUCAGCAGUUGUUGAUCUCCAACGGCUUGAGGUUCUUGCUGGCAGCUAUUUCGCAGUUGCAGGAGCGCUUGUCAGUGUAAUAAAUCCAGGGAGGAUGAGCAUGUUCGGAACUCUGUUGGUGGUAUGGGGCCUUGUGAAAGAAGGGAUUCUUGGAAAGCCGGUUAACACAGAUCCAAAUACAGCGGUUUAUGUAUACCCGACAAUGUUGGUUGCAGUAAUUUGCGCUGUUGUCUCAAUAAAGUAUAAAGAGAAAAAAACAUUGGCGGAAAGCCAGGCCCGGCCUAUUGCAAAACCAUUACAGAGCUCAGUAAAGUCAAAACUCAAGUAAAUAUGGUGGCACUUUUGGCUUUGUAAUUUUUUUUACCCUUUGUAACUUUCCUAAAGGUUUUACUCAAUUGGAAAAACUGAGAACAAGUGUCUUGAUCUUGUACUAGUUUUUAAAUUUAAAUUUUGUGAACUUAGACUGAGCGAAAAGUUCGGUUGCUUGUAAUCGAAUGUGAUGAUAUUUAAUUCGACAAAAGGUAUCAUGAUAUAUGAUGGUUAUUUGAU